GUCUUGUUUGAAGAUGAACCGCUUAUAUAUCGGAAUUUUAUUUCUCGUAUAUAAUUAUACGAUACGAGGCCAGGAUCUGAUAUUCCCGACCGACGAGGAGACGUCCCAUGUCAGCGGUGGUAACUCUACGAUGAUAACGGACCGAAUACCCGUGUUGAUACCAGGCAGUUGCCCGAAAAACAUGCUGCUCUAUCCAGGCCGUGGUGCGAAGAGUUCCUGGGUGUGUGACUGUAGACCCAGGUUUCUGUACUUCCCGUUGAACGACUCCUGCUACGAAGCCUACAGGCAGGGUCCCUGUUCGUCCAGGAAUUACGUCGUACUCCCCAAGAACGAGGCGCUUCCUCGUUGCGUGGCGAACCCUUGCUCGAAAGACGGCGUGGUGCCCUACAACGGCACGUGUUACCCUCUCAGAACUAUAGGCGGUCCGUGCGCGCCCAAAGGGGUAUUAGGUGUAAACGAGAUCACUUUCCAAUUGGAGUGCGUACCACUGGACAACGCGCCCUUCGUGAUAAUAACGACCCUUCCUAAAAGGACGUGUCCGCCAGGCAGUCGCAGAAGCAUGCUUCCAACAUGUAGAAAAGUAUAAAUAUGUAAACAUGAUCGUUCAGUUUCCUCGCUGUUGUUUCCAGAAUUAUCUUAAUUAAGCUUAUUUACAUUUUAUGCAUUACAUUUGCAUAUACAUUACACACUAUAACAUUUUCUAGACUAGAUAAAUUAUGUCAGGAUAAUCGUGAUGUAUAAAGCUUAAUUAAGAUAAUUCUGAAAAACUCAACAAGAUAAUUUUGAUAUAUAUAUAUAAAAUUUUGACCAACAAUUU